CGCGGUGUUCAGUUACCGUCUCUCGUUCGUUCCUUUGCUUUACAUGAGUAGCACAGUGCAGCCCACCGUGGCCCAGCCCGACUUGGAGCGGGUUUCCUCCCGACUCAAGGUCGAGCAUACAGCCGCUGAAAAGGGAGAGGCGGGGGAAACAACCCCGGCAGAAAGAGACACCAGGAGAGUAAAGGAAGAGGGGAGUGGGGAGCAGGGGGAGUUCUACAGCGAGGAAAAAGUGGUGGAAACUUCGAUAUCUCCCAAAGAAGCAGCAGAGGUACAGUCCCCCGGGAGACGAGGUGCAGGAUACCAGACAACACAAGAUAACUACGCAGGAUACAAUUAUGAAGAGAGACGGAAGAUGAUCAGCAGUCCCACGGAGGAAGAAGCAGCAGCAGCACCAGAGUACGACCAGCAGGGUCACCAAUACUACGCUUACAGCCCUCACCUUAUGUACCAGGGACCCGGCCAGACGUUCGGGUUUCCUAACCCUCAGAUGUACUAUAGAGCAGGAGCGGGAGAUUACUACUUUGCAGCUUCACAAGGAGGAGUUCCCAGUAGUCCUGCUGCUAACUAUCAGCCUUAUACUGAGAUUUGUCCUAAAAACAGUUACAUUCAGCCUCAGAAAUAUCAACCUCAGAGUCCACCCUUGUCUCCUAACCCUCGUGGGAGGAGUAUCACUAAACAGGGGGUUUAUAAUGUCAACAGCAUGAUUUCUAUCAGAUCAGAGAAAAAUAAUGUUACAGCAGCUUCAGCUAUCAAGAAAGUUUUCAUCUGGGAUUUGGAUGAGACUAUAAUAAUAUUCCACUCUCUGCUGACGGGAGCUUAUGCUGAAACCUAUCAGAAAGAUGCACAGUCUACAGUAAACCUGGGGCUGAGGAUGGAGGAUAUGAUCUUUAACCUAGCAGAUACUCAUCUCUUUUUCAAUGACCUUGAAGAGUGUGACCAAGUUCAUAUAGAGGAUGUAGCAAGCAAGGACACUGGACAGGAGCUUCACAACUACAACUUCAGUGCUGAUGGUUUCAGCGCUCCAGCACAACAGGGAGCACUAAACAAGGCAGCUGUAGGAGGGGCAGCCUGGUUCAGGAAACUAGCAUUUAGGUACCGUAGAAUACGGGAGAUUUACACGGCGUGUGCGGAUAAUGUCAACAAACUCCUCGGACCACAGAAAUACCAAUCUUGGGUAGAGCUGAGGAAUGAGGUGGAUUCAAUGACAGAUAACUGGUUGGGACUGAGCAUGCAGGCGUUACAGUUGAUCCACCAGCGCCAGGACAGCGUUAACAUCCUGGUAACUACAACUCAACUGGUACCAGCACUGGCUAAAUGUCUCCUACACGGCCUGGGAGAGAUGUUCCCGGUACAGAAUAUCUACAGUGCUACAGCUAUUGGUAAAGAGAGUUGCUUCGAGCGCAUUGUGGCCAGGUUCAGCACUAAAGUCACGUAUAUUGCUAUUGGAGAUAACGAUGAUGAGGCUCAAGCAGCGAAACAGCUAGGCUUUCCAUUCUGGAGAGUUAGUUGCCAUCAGGACUUGACAAACUUGCACGUGGCAUUACGGGAAGAAUACUUGUAGUCUCUGCAGUGUGUAGCUUAUCAAAGGACAAUAACAGAGUUAAUAGUUUAAGUUAUUUGAUAUGAGAAUGAAUUUUUAACCUGCAUGUACUAUUAGAAAUACAUCUUGAUUCGAUUAUUCACAAUUGAUUUUGAAUUGAUAUAAUUUUAAUUGUAAGCAGAGCUUUAAAUUAAGAUAUAAUGUGCUAUGUAGGGCAAUAAAAACUGGUUGGAGCUUGCACUUUAAUUUAUUCUGGUAAGGUUUCAGUUUUAUAUUAAAUAUUAAACGAACAGGAUUCAGAUAUUAUUAUUUGGUUACAGUUAUACGUUGUGUUACAGUUAUU